AUGCGCCUCUCGACCACACGUUUAUUGAUCAACCCCCAAUUUCGAGCUCGCUAUCUUUCAUGCUCCUCCAAAUUCAGCACAAGAAUUCAAAGCAUCUCGGGAUCAGAAUUUGAAUCAGAAUCACCGAUAACAUUCCCAUGGCUAUCAAAGCUUAAAUCAACAGAACUACAACACCUCGCGCGUGCAACAGGGAUUCAAUCCUCUGGUACGAAAUCUGUACUCCUGGAACGCAUCGAGAACACAUUACAGAACCAUGUGACGCAGACGCAUUCGCGACGUGGUCAACCAUGGCGGAUUUUGAGUAUUGAUAUGGGGAUUCAGAAUCUUGCGUUUACGCAUUUGGUUCUCCCUUGUCCUCUUUCCAGUGCUACAGAGUCAAAUCCCAAGUCCGAUUCCAUAGUACCCGCGCCUGAGAUGAGAGCUUGGCGUCGGUUAGCUGUUUCUGAUAUUGGGAGUUUGGCGUUAUCUCCUGAAUCUGCAUCUGCAUCCUCAUCUACUGUGACACUUUCGAAAGAAACAUCCUCUGAUGCUUUCAGACCGGAUUUAUAUGCUUCAACUGCAUAUACUUUAAUAACGACACUCCUCUCAGCUUAUAACCCAACUCAUAUUCUUAUUGAGCGUCAGCGGUUUCGUUCCGGUGGUGGGAGUGCAGUUCAAGAGUGGACGUUACGUGUCGGGGUCUUUGAGGGGAUGUUAUACGCCAUUUUGCAUGCGUUACGCAUGGAGCGAGGUGGGCACCUAUCCUCUAUUCUUGUGGAGGGGGUGGAGCCAAAACGUGUGGUCGGGUAUUGGGGUGAGACGAAGGGAGAGGGACUUGAUACUGAUGGAACGAAGAAGAAGCUUUCAGCUAGAGAGGUGAAGAAGGGGAAGAUUGAUCUUGUGGGGAGGUGGUUGGAUUCUGCCUCUGAUGCUUCGAAGAAUAAGGUACUUGUUGGUGAGCAUGAGGCUGUGAGAGACUUGGUGGAUGCUUAUUUACGGAAAUGGAAGGGAGAGAAAUCUACUAGUAAGAGCAAGAAGGAACCUGCUGGAUCGGGUGCUUCUGUGAAACGGAUUGGAAAGUUGGAUGAUUUGGCGGAUUGUCUGUUACAGGGUGUUACUUGGUUGGAGUGGCAGGUCAUGCGAGAAAGACUUGUUCGGGAGGGUAUAAAGGCGUUGGAGGGUGUAUGA